GCGCCGGUUCAGGUCGGCCAGCGGGUCUCAGUCUCACCUCACUGUGCGCGCCCUGAGCUUCCAUGUCUGUCAUGAGGCUGGCCGCGUACGUGGACGCCGGCGCUGGCGUCCCCCUCCGCCGUGCGUUCCUUUACGUUGUCCUCCUCCUCGUCUCCAACCUCGCCACCUUCCUCCUCUCCUCCUCUUACUCUUCCUGCACGCUGCAUCCGGCCGUCACCGCCGCGCCGACAAUGGCAGCUCCAACAAACGCCGCUGUCCCGGAGGAGCCGGGGCUGCCGCUGGAGUUCCACGCGUUCGCGGGGCCGCAUGCGCUGCCGUACGGGCGCAACCCCAACAUGGGCACCGCAGAGCUGCGGCCGCCGAUGGGCCACCCGUGCCUGGCCUUCCCGGACCUCCUUGCCGCGUUCCUCUCCUACCCAGCCAACGGCUCCUGCCCGGACGAUGAGCUCCCGGCACAGCGGCUCAUGCUUCGCGGCUGCGAGCCGCUCCCCCGCCGACGCUGCCGCCCCGCCGCGCCGCGGGACCCGGCGCCACCGCUGCCGUUCCCGGACGCGCUCUGGUCCACGCCGCCCGACCGCUCCGUCCACUGGUCCGCGUACACGUGCAAGUCCUUCCGCUGCCUCGUCGACCGCGCGCGCUCCUCGCGCUUCGACGACUGCAAGGACUGCUUCGACCUCGCCGGCCGGGAGCGCCACCGCUGGCUCAACGCCACCGGCAAAAAGAACCCGCUCGACUUCUCCAUCGACGAGGUGCUCGCGUCGGCGUCCCCGCCGGGCUCCAUCCGCAUCGGGCUCGACGUCGGCGGUGGCUCCGGCACCUUCGCCGUGCGCAUGCGCGAGCGCGGCGUCACCGUGGUGGCCACCACCGUGAACCUCAACGGGCCUUUCAGCACCUUCGUCGCCGCGCGCGGGAUCGUGCCGCUCUACGUGAGCGUCGCGGCGCGACUGCCCUUCUUCGACAACACGCUGGACAUCGUGCACUCCAUGCACGUGCUCAGCGGCUGGAUCCCGCCCACGGCGCUGCAGUUCGCGCUGUUCGACGUGUACCGGGUGCUCCGGCCCGGCGGGCUGUUCUGGCUGGACCACUUCUUCUGCGGGGACGCGGAGGCGGCGGCGUACGUGGAGGUGGUGGAGAGCGUCGGGUUCCGCAAGGUGAGGUGGGUGACGGGGAGCAAGCUGGACAGGGGCCCGGAGAGGAAGGAGAUGUACGUCUCGGCGCUGCUUGAGAAGCCGCUCAAGAACUCAUGGUGAUCAUGGAGGGCCACGUCUCACGUUUGGGACACGGGAAUUUUUCCCGUUUACGCGAUGAAAUUCCUACAGAGUUCCCAUAAAAUCCCUGCAUUUCGAACAACCAUGACUCUUAUUCACAAUACGGGAAAAGACAGUCGUGGUGA